UCCCAGGAGGCUGUGCGUCCUACAGCCACUAGGCCGAGCUCAGGGUGUAGCUGCAAGUUUGUAGCGAGCAGAACAGGGCGACGGUAACCUCGGAAAGCGAGAGCCAGAGCUGUGCCGCGCUCCGGUUCCGGAGAAGGGAUUCCUUAAAAAUAAUAUAUAUUGCGCCCUGGACGAGUGAGCAUCGACUCGGCCGCAGCUUCCCCCACCCCUCCCCUUCCUCCUCGCCACUUCAUCCCCGGCACCUUCAAUGGAAGCGGAAAAGAUGUCGGCGAAAAGCUUUCGCGUCAGCGACGGGGACUGGAUUUGCCCCGAUAAGAAAUGUGGAAAUGUCAACUUUGCGAGGAGAACAAAUUGCAACAGAUGUGGAAAAGAAAGAACAUGUGAAGCUAAACUCAUGAAGGCUGGAGGCACAGAAAUUGGCAAAACUCUUGCAGAAAAGAGCCGUGGUCUUUUCAGUGCCAAUGAUUGGCAGUGUAAAACCUGUGGGAAUGUGAAUUGGGCACGAAGAUCAGAGUGCAACAUGUGCAACACUCCAAAAUAUGCCAAAUUGGAAGAAAGGACUGGAUAUGGAGGUGGAUUUAAUGAAAGGGAAAAUGUUGAGUACAUUGAACGUGAAGAAUCUGAUGAUGAAUAUGAUGAGUUUGGAAGGAAGAAAAAGAAAUUCCGUGGAAAGCCUGUCGGACCCAAAACCAUUUUGCAAGAAGAAAUUGAAAGUGAAAAAGAUGAUGAGGAUGAGGAUGAGGAUGGUGAUCUCUCUAAAUACAAACUUGAUGAUGAUGAUGAUGAUGAUGAGGAUGGUGAUCUCUCAAAGUAUAAUCUAGAUGCAAGUGAAGAUGAAAAGAAGCCUCCCAAAAGCAGGAGUCGCUCCAAGUCACAUUCAUCUCGGUCGUCUUCAUCUUCCACUGCUCAUUCCAGUUCAAGGUCCAGGUCCCGGACCAGAAGUUCUACCACUUCCAGAUCCAGGUCACGUUCCAGCUCCAGAGGUCAAUCUAGAUCAGCCCGGUCGAAGUCAAGCUCUAGAUCACGCCGGGGAUCUUCAUCUCCAAGGAAGAGAUCUCGUUCAAGUUCUCGAUCAUCGUCAUCCUCUGAAAGAGGCAAAAAACGAAGCCGUUCCGGGUCAUCAUCCUCAAGUGGCCGCAAAAAAACUAGACGUUCUGACUCAAGAUCUUGGUCUGCAGAAAGGCGCAGUGGAUCGUCUUCUGGAUCCUCUCAUUCAGGCUCCCGUUCAAGUUCUAAACAGAAAUAGCCUUUUAACAUCUGCAGUUUUUAAAAGUUCAGUAAUUUCUGGAAAAAUGCAUGAAACUUAUUUUAAAGUUAUUAGUGUCUUGAGCAAAUCCACCUGAGAUGUUGUGAAAACAUUAAACAAAAAAAUUGGGCAAUGUUCUGAUGAGAUCUUGCUGAUGUAAUCUUAAACCAAUUGUUGCUUUUGAGUGUUGGAAUUGUACUCCAGUCUAUUAAAUUAGUACAUUAAGCCAUAAUUUCUUUCUUAUGGGGAAAACUGAUUUUGCUGCAUUUUUGUUACAAGGACGAUGAAGACUAGUGAGUUUUGAAGUGUGCACUAUGCAUCUGUACAUCUACGGCAUUAAAUGCAGAAGGUCUGAGUGUAAGUAGUCUUCAGAGGAGGAGAAUUUUUAAAAGUAAUACUCUAUGGGAGUAUUUGUUCAUGUUGCUUUACCACCCUAUAAAUCAGGAUACAGUGUUGGACGUAACAGAAUUUUGUUUGAUAUUUUUGUUAAAUCAGUUGUUCUUACAAGAAUUCAGAGCCUCAACCAGAGCUCCUUUUUGUUAAGUUUUAAUAGAGACCCUUAUGCUUUCCACAGGAAACUCGAGAUGAAGCAACUUGACUUUGACUUAGAAAAUCUGCAUCGCAGGCAAAUAGUAUAGUUUUCCAAAAUCCUGGAACUCAAGCCAGUUUAGAGCCACUGCCCCUGCUGAUCUCAAAAUAAAUUCUGGGAUACUGUACAGUAUUGCAUACUUUGAAACUUUGAGUUUUUGCUAUAAAUUUUUUCACUUUGUCCAAAAUUCUUGUGCCUGUUGCUGAUAUCAUUACGGUUUCUUUCUUAGUUUGUGGGCAAGGAAAUUCCAGACAUCUGCAUUCUUAUGAUCUUUCAGUUCUGGGUAGCAUUCAGUUAUCUUUUAAUGUGUUGGAAAUAAAAAUCUACACUUAGAAUUUGUAAAUUGAGGGAUAAAAAUGUGAAGAAUUAGAAUAAUAUUGGUUGGUUCAAAGUUUCCUUCAGCAUCCUUAAAUCUGUUUUGGGCUGAAUGUAAACUUGGGUGCCAAAGUAAAAAAGGCUUAAGCAGUUUUGAAUGCAAUUUUUAAAUGUACAUUCAGCAGAUAUUAUCUGCUUAUGUUCAGUCUAUCACACAAGCCAUAACUCUUGGUUCAGGAAUUGAUAACUAAUGCUAUUGGGGUAGGGUCUUCCAGUUCAAAAUUCCAGAUUCCCUUUUGAGACUAAAUGAAGAUAAAGAGCAGCUUUAUUGUUAGCUCACUCAGGAUGUGUAAUCUUAUAAUGAGAAAGCAUUCUGUAGUUGAAUGUUGGCCAAUUAAGCAUAAAUAUGAAAAAUAUGGAGUAUUCACAAUAAUUGAACCUUUUUUAAUGUAAAAAUGCAUUUUCAAUCUGCAACCUUUUUAAUAUAUUUGAAGCAUUGAGUUUAGCUCACAAAUCGUGGACUUUUUAAAAAUCCAAAUAGAAAUAAUUCAUCAGUUUUCUUCCAUCUUGAUGAAUUGUUAUGGCUUAAUAUACCUCUCAUCUUAAACCUGGUUACAGAAAAAUAAUUGCAUCAUCAAACAAAAGCUCUGCUUUUCAGAACUCAUGGUGAUUUCAGCUAUAGUAAAUAGUAGAGGAAGGUAAGUAUACAGCAAAAGUCCUAACAUUAUUUGUGAAUUGUACUUAGCAGUACAAAUUGCAUAUUUGCAAAUGUGAACAGUAUUUUUAGUGGGUCUUUAUUUUCAAUUUGUUUUUGGUUAUCUUUGAUUAUAUAGACUCUAGAAAUAUUAGGCAAAUAAGGGUUGGUUUUUUAUUUGAGGACGCGCCUUGUUACCUUAGUGGUCUAGUUCCUUAAUAUUUUGCAGUUUUAAUCUGUUUAACACCUUCUUUCAGAGCCAACGUGUCUGCACGUCCAUUUGUACUUGUAGCUCGUAUAAAACCAACUUGAGGAACAUGUGACCAAUGUCUAUUGCAGUGUUUUGGGAUUCGGCUCUGGAAAUAUUAGAAGAUCUGAUUUUUGCAGAAUUCCUCUGAACAUAGACUUUCAGUGUAACUUUUGUGGGUAACAAGAUUUUCAGAGUGACAUUGCUGUCAUAAUAGUUAAAUUUACAGGAUUACAUGGAGUGUAAUUUAAUAAUGCCUUUCAUUUUGUAUUUUCAGUGCUUUCAAAGCCAAUUAUUCAAAAUUCUACAGAGUUUUGUGCGUCUUUAAACUUUGCCUAUAGUAGCCACUCUGUAUUUCAAGAAAAUGUAGCUGAGACCACUUAAUUUGAUUGCUAAUAUCGAGGUGGUAAAUUCAUCAGUCAUAAGGUUUGGAUAUCUUAAAUGGUAGAAGUGACAAUUAUUAAGGUCAUCAGCUUGUUCAUCUAGCCCUGUGUAACAGUUUUCAUCAGAAACAAGAAAACACUUUGUAGACCUUGUGUAUGUAAAUAAACCUUCAGUGGUACAUUAUCCAAUGUCAUGUUCAAGCACAAAUAAAGGAAAAAAAUAAGUGGUUUGAA